GCGGCGGCGGCGGCGGCGACGGCGGCGGCGGGAGCUGGCGGCACGGAGAUCCGGACGGAGGCCGAGGCCGGAGCUGUGUGCCGGGCGCCUAGGAGAGGUGUGCAGCUUUCUAUUGAAGCCCCGGGUCCCCGCUGCCCUUCGGGGCCGCCAGCCUCCGGCUCCUCUCCGGCACCAGCAGCUACUCGGCGACCCCCGUCCGGCCGCCUCCCCUUCGCUCCGCGUCGCCCGCAGCCUUCCGUCUGCCCGCAAACGAGCCCGGCCGGCCGGGCCGUGGCCCUCCUCAGUGCCGGCCGCCAUGGCAAGGGUGCUCGGCGCAGGGGAAAUCUAGUCCGAGGAUUUCAUGCGGCCUAGCUCGGUUCUGUCUCCUGUGCCCGCGGUCCCGGCAGCUGCCGGCAACCCAGCCCCACUUCGGGCCUCCGUGUCUCUCCUGUGAUCGUACUGACACGGCCGGGGGGUUAGAAUGGAACAAACUGAAGGCUCGAUGAGAGAAAGGGAAAGUUAAGGAUGCUGGAGCAGAACAAUGGAUUUCUCUUUCUCUUUCAUGCAAGGGAUCAUGGGAAACACAAUUCAGCAACCACCUCAACUCAUUGACUCCGCCAACAUCCGCCAGGAGGAUGCCUUUGAUAACAGCAGUGACAUUGUUGAAGAUGGUGGCCACACACCCUUCGAAGCUACUUUGCAGCAAGGUUUUCAGUAUCCACCUACAGCAGAAGACCUUCCUCCACUCACAAAUGGCUACCCACCGUCGAUCAGCUUGUAUGAAACACAGACCAAAUACCCGCCAUAUAAUCAGUAUCCCAAUGGGUCAGCCAAUGGUUUUGGUGCAGUUAGAAACUUUAGCCCCACUGACUAUUACCAUUCAGAAAUUCCAAACACACGACCACAUGAAAUUCUGGAAAAACCUUCUCCUCCACAGCCACCACCCCCUCCUUUGGUACCACAAACUGUAAUUCCAAAGAAGACAGGCUCACCUGAGAUUAAACUAAAAAUAACCAAAACUAUCCAGAAUGGCAGGGAAUUGUUUGAGUCCUCCCUUUGUGGAGACCUUUUAAAUGAAGUACAGGCAAGUGAGCACACAAAGUCAAAGCAUGAAAGCAGAAAGGAAAAGAGGAAAAAAAGCAACAAGCACGAGGCUUCCAGAUCCGAAGAGCGCAAGUCACACAAAAUUCCCAAAUUAGAACCAGAGGGACAAAAUAGACCAAAUGAGAGAGUGGAUACUGCACCAGAAAAGCCAAGAGAAGAGCCAGUGCUCAAAGAGGCCGUCCCGGUUCAGCCAAUACUGUCUUCUGUUCCAACAACAGAAGUGUCCACUGGUGUUAAGUUCCAGGUUGGUGAUCUUGUUUGGUCCAAGGUGGGAACCUAUCCUUGGUGGCCUUGUAUGGUUUCAAGUGACCCCCAGCUUGAGGUCCAUACCAAAAUUAAUACAAGAGGUGCCCGGGAAUAUCAUGUACAAUUUUUUAGCAACCAGCCAGAGAGGGCAUGGGUUCAUGAGAAACGGGUACGGGAGUAUAAAGGUCACGAACAGUAUGAAGAGUUACUAGCUGAGGCAACCAAACAAGCCAGCAACCACUCGGAAAAACAGAAGAUUCGGAAACCCCGGCCUCAGAGAGAACGUGCCCAGUGGGAUAUUGGCAUUGCUCAUGCAGAGAAAGCUUUGAAAAUGACUCGAGAAGAAAGAGUCGAGCAGUACACUUUCAUCUACAUUGACAAGCAGCCAGAAGAGGCCUCAUCCCAAGCAAAGAAGAAUGUUACCUCCAAGACCGAAGUUAAGAAACCCCGAAGACCAAGAUCUGUGCUGAAUAGUCAGCCAGAACAGACCAAUGCUGGGGAGGUAGCCUCCCCACAAUCAAGUACUGACCUUCGGAGGCAGAGCCAGAGGCGGCAUGCCAGCGUGGAAGAGGAAGAGCCACCUCCUGCUAAAAUACCCUGGAAAACUGCUGCCGCCAGGAAGUCCUUACCUGCUUCCAUCACAGUGCACAAAGGGAGCCUAGACUUGCAGAAGUGUAAUAUGUCUCCAGUUGUGAAAAUUGAACAAGUGUUUGCUCUUCAGAAUGCGACAGGAGAUGGGAAGUUUAUUGAUCAGUUUGUUUAUUCAACAAAGGGAAUUGGUAACAAAACAGAAAUAAGUGUCAGGGGGCAAGACAGGCUUAUAAUCUCUUCACCAAGUCAGAGAAAUGAGAAGUCAACCCAGAACGUGUCGUCCCCUGAGGCAACAUCUGGUUCUGCAGGCCCCGUAGAAAAGAAGCAGCAAAGAAGAUCAAUCAGGACUCGAUCUGAAUCAGAGAAAUCCACCGAGGUUGUGCCAAAGAAGAAGAUCAAAAAGGAGCAGGUUGACACGGCGCCUCAGGCUUCCCUGAAGACUGGAUUACAGAAAGGUGCCAGCGAGAUUUCAGAUUCCUGUAAGCCUCUAAAGAAAAGGAGUCGCGCCUCGACUGAUGUGGACACGGCUAACUCCGCGUACAGAGACACAUCUGACUCCGAUUCCCGAGGACUGAGUGAUCUGCAGGUAGGCUUUGAGAAAGAAGACAGCCCUUCCGCUGCUGCGGAUGCAGACGCUUCUGACUCGCAGUCCGUGGACUCCAGCUUGUCUCGGAGAGGCGUUGGCUUGAGUAAGAAGGACAGUGUGUGUCAGGUCUGUGAAAGCACUGGCGACUCCCUGGUCUCUUGUGAAGGGGAGUGCUGCAGAUACUUUCACAUGGAGUGCCUGGGGCUGUCUGCAGCCCCUGAGGGAAGGUUCCUCUGCGAGGAGUGUGAGACAGGGCAGCACCCGUGUUUCUCAUGUAAAGUGUCUGGUAAGGAUGUGAAGCGCUGUUCCGUCAGUGUCUGUGGGAAGUUUUAUCAUGAAGCCUGUGUCCGAAAAUUCCCCACUGCCAUCUUUGAGUCAAAGGGAUUCCGCUGUCCCCAGCACUGCUGCUCCUCCUGCUCCAUGGAGAGAGACAUCUACAAAGCCAGUAAAGGACGGAUGAUGAAGUGCUUGAGAUGUCCAGUCGCCUAUCAUGUUGGGGAUGCGUGUGUCGCUGCUGGAAGCGUCUCCGUGUCCUCCCACAUUCUCAUCUGUAGUAACCAUUCCAAACGGAGUAGCCAUUCUUCUGCUAUAAACGUAGGCUUUUGUUUCGUUUGUGCCAGAGGGCUGGUAGUUCAGGACCAUUCAGACCCCAUGUUCAGUUCCUAUGUCUAUAAGUCCCACUACCUACUGAACGAAUCAAACCGUGCUGAGUUGAUGAAAUCACCUAUGAUUCCUUCUUCGUCAGCUUCCAAAAAGAAAUGUGAGAAAGGCGGGAAGCUGCUCUGCUGCGAGUCGUGCCCUGCUGCCUUCCACCCAGAAUGCCUGAGCAUAGACAUGCCGCAAGGCUGCUGGAACUGCAACGACUGCAAAGCCGGCAAGAAGCUGCACUACAAGCAGAUUGUUUGGGUCAAAUUGGGAAACUACAGAUGGUGGCCUGCGGAGAUCUGCAGCCCCAGGUCUGUGCCGCUGAACAUCCAGGGCCUUAGGCAUGACCUGGGGGACUUCCCCGUGUUCUUCUUCGGUUCUCAUGACUACUACUGGGUUCAGCAAGGCAGAGUGUUCCCUUAUGUGGAAGGAGACAAAAGCUUUGCUGAGGGACAGACUAGCAUUAACAAGACCUUUAAGAAAGCACUGGAAGAAGCUGCAAAGCGUUUCCUGGAGCUGAAAGCACAGCGAGAAAGUAAGGAAGCUCUGGAGAUGGAGAAGACCUCAAGGAAACCCCCUCCCUACAAACACAUCAAGGCUAACAAAGUAGUAGGAAAGGUCCCAAUCCAGGUAGCCGACCUGUCGGAGAUUCCCCGCUGUAACUGCAAGCCUGCGGAUGAAAACCCUUGUGGCUUGGAGUCGGAGUGUCUGAACAGGAUGUCGCAGUAUGAGUGUCACCCGCAGGUGUGCCCUGCCGGGGUUCGCUGUCAGAACCAGUGCUUCACAAAGAGGCUGUACCCCGAAGCAGAGGUCAUCAGAACGGAGCGGAGAGGCUGGGGCCUCAGGACCAUGAGGAGCAUUAAGAAGGGUGAAUUUGUAAAUGAAUAUGUCGGUGAAGUAAUUGAUGAAGAAGAAUGCAGACUUCGAAUCAAGCGAGCACACGAGAACAGUGUAACUAAUUUUUAUAUGUUAACUGUUACCAAGGACCGGAUAAUUGAUGCUGGACCAAAAGGAAAUUACUCUCGUUUCAUGAACCACAGUUGUAAUCCAAACUGUGAGACCCAGAAGUGGACAGUAAACGGGGAUGUUCGAGUUGGGCUGUUUGCUCUUUGUGAUAUCCCUGCAGGAAUGGAGCUGACCUUUAAUUACAACCUGGACUGUCUGGGCAAUGGCAGGACCGUGUGCCACUGCGGAUCAGACAACUGCAGUGGGUUUCUAGGCGUGCGGCCGAAGUCUACAUUCGCACCCACAGCCGAUGAGAAGACAAAGAAUGCCAAGUUAAAGAAAAGACGGAAACUCAAAACAGAACCAAAGCAGAUCCACGAGGAUUACUGUUUUCAGUGUGGAGACGGGGGCGAGUUGGUCAUGUGUGACAAAAAGGACUGUCCCAAAGCAUACCACCUCCUCUGCCUUAACCUGACUCAGCCUCCAUAUGGAAAGUGGGAGUGUCCGUGGCACCAGUGUGAUGAGUGUGGCAAGGCAGCUGUCUCCUUCUGUGAAUUCUGUCCACACUCAUUCUGCAGAGCUCAUGGAAAGGGGGCGCUGGUGCCCUCUGCACUAGAAGGUCGUCUCUGCUGCUCCGACCAUGAUCCCGCAUCUCCUGUGUCACCAGAAUAUUGGAACAAGAUCAAAAGUAAAUGGGAAUCACAAGAUCAUGGAGAAGAAGUGAAAGAAUGAAUGGUAGUGACUCCCUCUCCUGCUGUUGUAAACGGAAGAAGCAAAUAGACGAUGCAUUUAAAGCCAAGUGAUGCUGCCUUUGCCCCGGACUGCCUUAGACAGGGAGGGUGAAACCGGUUCACACGGCUAAGCAGGUGCUGCCUGGUCUCUCCAGUUUGUUGUGUUGCUUUGGGGAUAAUUUUGUGGACAGUGACAUUCCCUUGGUCUUUUCUGCCUUUUAUUGUGCUUCAGGGUCUUGGCAACUAUCAGAAGAGGUGUCUUCAUUUUCAAAGUUGAGAGAAAGGGAGAGAGAGAGAAAAGGAAGUUCUGAUGGUAAGAUCAGUGUCAAGCCCAAAAUGCAAUCCUUGGUCAUAUAAAGCAAAAUUAGCCAUUCCUUUAUUUAUUUUCAUUUUUAGGAAUUGUGAGAAGUGUAGCUCAAACAAUCUAACCUCCAUGUGCGUGCGUGCGUGCGUGUGUCUACCUUUAUAUACCUCUUUACUGAGCCUUAGAUAGGCUAACUUCUCUUUCCUUCUUCCCUUGCCUUCUCUAGUCCCAGAGAAGGCUCUAGCCAGUAUUCAGUCUGGCCUCGUGGAAACAGACGCCUUGACAGCUUUUACCUCUGUGGUCUUCGACUAGGUGGGCUUCAUGGUAGGGUUGUGUAGGGCUCUGUCCAGGAGGGAGGAGGGACUGAAUGCACCCUUGAUUAUAAGUGUCACCGUUUACAGAUUUUCCUGUGCGGUACAUGUGUGGGGACAUGAAUGCUCAUUGCUGUCACCCUGACACUGGCAAGCAGAGAAAGACCGAGGAAGGCACAGACCAAAAGUUGGGUCAUAUAUGCACCAUUUUCUGACCUCUUAGUGUAGACUCCAGUCUUACUUAGAAUUUAAGGGCAUUUUAUUUUCUGUCUUUCCUUCUGUCAGUCAUGUUUCCUUUGCCAGCUGAUGACUCAGUCGUGUUUCCUGGUAGAGCUAUGUAAUUGAAUCUGAAUUAUUUUUUAAGAGUUUUUUUUCAGUUGAUAUCCUAACUUGGGGAUGGUGAAAGCAGACAGAGACAUCCUCAGGUUGUAUUAUGUGAACAGUUUCUUCUUAGUAUUAUGCAAUGCUUAAAAUUGUCCCCAUUGAGGAAGGGGGAGCUUUCACAGGGUAUGUAAGAACCACAAGGACGUACUUCAUAUUAAAAAGCACUUGAGAAUGCUCGCUCCCAAGAAAGUCAGUGUUCGCAAACAUGGCUGUGAUGUUUGAUUAGUACAGACCUGAGCAAAGCAAGGCGUCUGCCCACAGAAUUCCUUUGCAUCUAGCACUUAGGAGUAUUUCUAUUCCAGUAUUACCUGUAUGAAAUCCUGUGAGACAUGGGAACACUGGACUAAUAAGAUGUCUAGUGUUACUGUCAAACAUGAACUUUCUCGGCUUUGCCUCCUCAAGAACUUAGUACUUCUUUAACAGGGUGGGAGAUGCUCUCUGGCACCCUGGGGUUGUGUCAAGUGUGUUUGUUCCUUUUUUAUUUUUUUACAAAUCAAUUCAGAUCUCUUUCUCUGGAUGAAAGAGCAAUUCUGUGCCUCUUUUUUAUAUAUAAAUGUGCAAUUUAUAGACAGCAGACAGACACUACAGUUUCCCUCUCUAAGCUCCUAACUGCCUCUCCCUGGAGGUGGCAGUCCUAGUCAUUCUGUGGUGGACGAGCUCCUGUGAGGAGGGCGGGCGCUGCACGGCCCUCAGACAGCUGUGAAGCACAGCCAUGCAAACACUACUCUUCAACAAUUAUGAAAUUUGAUGUCCUUUAAAACAAUGUGAAUAUCUGGGUUUUAUCAUACUAAAAUAUUAUUUUAUACAAACAUGAUAAACAUUUUUAAACUCACUGAUACAGGAUUUUCUUUGAUAUUCCAAAUGUAACUUUUGAGAACAGUGUCUAGUAUAAAAUUGUAUCUUCUUUCUUUUUUGACUUUAUGCUUUUUUAGUAUAGGAUCACUUUUAUAUAGCAAAGCCUAGGGUGCAUCAUGUAUUUCUAGACACCUUAGGUUCACCUGGCUCUGUUCCGCUCCUUUGGGGUAGCAUAUUUGUUUUUCUGUCUAUAAAAGAGCUUCGCAAAGA